AUGGGCGCAUCCGAGAGUACAGACAGCCUGCGGGCUGACCACGAAGCGCGAGAGCUCCGCGAAUUGAACGGCCAGAACUACCAAGACGCAGAGUACCCGUGGUUCUUCCUCGUGCAGUGGGCGUGCGAGCGCAUUCCCGCCGACGCCGUUUUCACGUGGAAUCUCUCCGACAUCAAAGCAGACGUCGCAGAACUGACAGCCGAUCCAAGCACCUUUCUCGCGUGCUGCCCCGCGGAUGAAGCCUUUCGGAACAGCGGCGAGUUCUCGUUCACAGAGGACGGCGUCUUCGUCGAGUGGGCCGUUCUCCUGUUGGAACUCGUCCCUGCGCUCGGAUCCGUCCGCUACAAGCUCGUCCCUGCGAAACUCGCCGAGGAAGAAUUCUGGUGUCGCUACUUCUCCGCAGUCCGCCGACGCAUUCAGCAGCAUGUUCUGGCCGCUCAAGAGGCGCCGAUCGCGACUCCGCUUUCCAAGUCGUCUCUGGGCCGUCGUGGCGUUGCUCCCCGGCCGCUCCCCCUGCCGCAUGCUGAAGCGAACUGCGGCGUUGGUCGGUCUUCUCUCGCCAACGGAGCUUCUCGGCCUGUCUCCCGCGAGGCUAGCUGGGGCGAAGCUGGCCCGCACCGGAGACGGCCCUCGGCGCACGCGGACACGGACCUCGGGCCUUCGACAGGUGCCUCGAGAGGCGCGCCGGCAGCCGACGGCGUAGCCCCGCAACAGGGAGAUCUCGGCCCUCACUGGGGCACGACGAAUUCCCCCUAUUCGCCAGGAGACCAGCGAGGCGCAGAAAGAGACGGAGGCGCUCUCCCGACGGCUGGGCCUGCUGUCGAAUGGGACUCGGCGGCAGAAAACCCCCGUUUCCCCACCUUGAUUGGCGCCCCCUCAGACGCCGCUGCUUCGGGUGUACGUACACCUCACUACGUGAUGCAGAAUGGGGGAGCCGGAUGCGGUGUACCUACCUACCCCUGA